AUGGCGAAGGUGGAUUCCAGCAGGCCUGAGCCUAUGGAGCAGGACGGGGCGGAGGCUGCAGAGCAGGAAUUGCGGUGGAUAGAACUAAGCUCGGAGGCCCGAGAAGCCACGACAAAGGGGCCCAGUGCCCCCCAGAGCCAGGGGAACCUGCUCCAGGCUGUGUGGCAUGGUCCUGCCGCCUUGGUGAUGAAGCUCCUGAGGCAAGGGGCCAGCGUGGAAGAGAAGGACCGCUUUGGAAGGACCCCUCUCCACCUGGCUGUGCUGCGUGGCCACGCGCCCCUGGUGCGCCUCUUGCUGCAGCGCGGGGCCCCAGUGGACGCAGCGGACUGCGCGGGGCACACGCCGCUGCAUGAUGCCGCCUGGCAAGGGCACUCGCGGGUGGCCGAGCUGCUGCUGCGGCGAGGGGCCCCGGUGGCUGCACGCUCCGGGGAGGGCCUCACGCCGCUGCACUGGGCCGCGGCACUGGGCCACACGUUGCUGACCGCGCGCCUACUGGCMGCUCCGGGUUUGGGCCCCGAGGCAACUGACGCUUUUGGCUGGACCGCAGUGCACUGGGCGGCCGCCGGCGGGAGGCUGCCGGUACUCGAGCUGCUGGCGGCAGGCGGGGGCGCCGACCUGGACGGUGCCCUGUUGGUGGCGGCUGUGGCCGGGCGCCAAGCGGCGCUGCGCCUCCUCAUGGCAUGCGGGGCGCAGGUGGACGCCCCCGACGGCUCCUCCGGGGUCACCGCGCUCGGCUUGGCGGCCGGCUUGGGCCGCCAACAGGACAUUGAGCUGCUACUGGGCCAUGGGGCAGACCCAAGCAUCAGGGACAGGCAUGGCCGCAUUGCACUUCACAGGGCUGCUGCUGGUGGGCAUCUGUCUGCUGUCCAGCUGUUGGUGGCCUGGGGAACUGAGGUAGAUGCUCAGGACUCACUGGGCCUCACACCCCUGCACUAUGCAGCUCUGGGAGGCCACAUGGAGGUUGCCAGCCAUCUCCUGGACAGGGGUGCACAGGUCAAUGCUGCUGGCUGGCUCCACAAGACCCCCCUGCACCUUGCUGCAGAAUAUGGCCACAGUCCUACUAUGGAACUCUUGCUGAGCCGAGGGGCUAGUCCCACUCUGAGGACACAGUGGGGUGAAGUGGCCCAGAUGUCUAAUGGGGGGCUUCCCCAGGUGCUGUCUGCCUUUCAAGGGGAGCAGCAGAUGCGUUCAGGGCAUAUAGCCCUGCAGGUCCAAGCAACUCUCUGUGAGACUGAGCUUCCACACACAGCGGCACAGCAAGCUCCUCAGCCCAGAGGUGCCCAGCUCUUCUCUUCUGGACUGAGAUCACUUGCCUAG